GGCAGCCCCCUCCGUGGCGCGCGUCCUCUUGGGCCGGGACGGUGGCCGCCUUGGCCCAAACCACCCCUUCCCUUUCGCGAUCCGCAGCAGGGGCAGGAGCCGGCCGGAGCCAAGCGACGCAUGCGCCUCAGCUGCGAGGGGCGGGGAGAAGGCGGAGAACAGCGGGCGCGUUUCCGGUUCCGGGGCGAGCCGUAGGUUUAGUUCCGGGGCGGCGACUUCCGGGGGUGGGGACGCGAUGGAGUCGGUGCUGAGCGAAGUGGUGGCGGUGGAGGAUCUGCUGCGGUUCGAGAAGAAGUACAAGGCGGAGCUGAGCGGGGGCACGGUCUCCAAGGGGACGCAGUUCGAAUACGCCUGGUGCCUGGUGCGCAGCAAAUACACCGACGACAUCAAAAAGGGCAUCGUGCUGCUGGAGGAGCUGGUGCCCAAAGGCUGCAAGGAAGAACAACGCGACUACGUCUUCUAUCUGGCCGUGGCCAAUUACCGGCUGAAGGAGUACGAGCAGGCCCUGAAGUACAUCCGGGGGCUGCUGAAGACGGAGCCCAAGAACACGCAGGCGCUGGAGCUGAAAAAGCUCAUCGACAAGGCCAUGCAGAAAGAUGGCCUGGUCGGCAUGGCGAUCGUCGGUGGCAUGGCCCUGGGCGUGGCCGGCCUGGCCGGUCUCAUUGGAUUGGCCAUCUCCAAGUCAAAAUCGUAACCGUCCGGUGCAUCCCGCCCUUGCCCCUGUUCUCCCCUCCCGCCAGGCCCGGGAGCCCACGCGCUAACUCCACUCAGAGUCACUAAUCGUCCCCCUCCCUGCCCUGGGACCCCUCCAUGCUCUCGGGUGGCUAAUCAGUGCAAUAGGGGUUCAGACACAUGGGAAGAGGGGUUUGGGGGGUCAAUCGGCCGGCUCCCCCUUUCCCAGGCAGCAGCGGGAGAUGGCUGGGGAGCCUGGAGUGGAGACGUCUCCAGUCGCACGUGGGAGCGAGCGGUGGUUCUCCUGCAGGGGGCCGGGGCAGGGUCUGAAGUCCGGCCUCCGGUCUCCUCCGUUUGGGGCCCCGCUGUGCCAGGAUUCCCGCGCCCCUGCGGGCUGGGCGGGAACAGAGGGGUCGGUCCCGGCUGCAGGCUUUGCCGGCUGGACCCCAGGGCAGAUCUUCCUUUCCUGUCCCUGCUCUAACCGCUGCCUUUGCACUGUAAAUAAAGGUUGGUUUUGAUUUGA